AAGAACAAACAUUAGUUGACGUUUCACGUAAGCGAUCUAAUUUAAGAGAGUACAGAAGAAGAAUAGAGGGAGAAUUAGACAGCUGUCAGUCUGAUAGACUACUGACGGCGAGGUGAGCGUUGUAACUUACUCAUGUAGUUGUGGUGUCGGCAGUGUGUAAGCGCAGCGAGGUGCGAGAGUAUUGCUGUGGCCAGUUGACAGUUACAAGCUGUGUGGUUAAGAUAACUCUUUUAUCUCCGAGGAAUGUAAGUCAAUGGUGUUAAACAGUGCUUGUGUAUGAACAUAUACUGUGAGUGUGUAGAAACUGAGGGAGUAGUGUGUUAGCGGUGAGUGUGCGCGGCGUGGUAGCGAUGUGGCAGGCGGCAGCGGCGGCAGAGCGGCGGUGAGCAACAGCUGAGCGGCCGCGCCACCCGCUGGGGAGGGCGAGGGUGGCCCGGCCCCGCAUGUGUCCCGAGAUGAGCGGAGAUGCAGCGCGUGGGACCUGGCGACGCUCGCCGGAGGCUGCACCCAACCAGCAUCAACCCGACAGUGGCACAGAGGAGGGGGCUGGCACCCCCAGCGAUUCCCAGGAGCGCCUCCACCCUGGCAUCCAGAUAGCAGAAGACAGCGACAGUGACAUUAGUGUGGGGUGUCCCUCACCGAAACCCAGUGAAGACAACUCCCCGUCAGGUAGUUCGGGGCCCGCGGCAGGGCAAAGUGAGGACCUGGGCUCCCCCCUUCCCCGGACACCCACCCCAGGGUCGGCCACCUCCCCUACCAAGUACCAGGAAGAUGGCGUCACCUCCCCGGAGUGCGUCAUGUCGCCCCCUCCGGCUCCCACCACCCCCGUCAGGGAGGGGGCGGAGGACGAGUACUUCAAACCUCUUAAAAAAUUAAGGAUGAUACAGCUACAGCAGGAGGAGGCAGCCCUGGCGGCCCGGGCUAACGCAGGGGUCAAGUCCUUCUCCAUUAUGGAGAUCCUCAGCCACAAGCCCGUGGUGGCCAAGGCGCCUGAAGCCACAGGAGGCCGCAUUGUCAGGCCUUGGGACACAGACGAUGAUGACGACGGGUCGCGGCCUCAAUCUGUGGACGACAUGAGCGUGUCUUCGGCCUCUUCCUCGGGAGGGUCACCGCGCCCGGCCUCCAGUGGGCCUGGCUCGGCCAGCUCUGGUCAGGGCCAGACCAGAGCCCGCGGCAAAGAUGGUAACCCGCUAGAUGCGCUCUUCCAGAUGACCAGCAAGACAUUUGAAGGACUCAAGUCUGGCCAGCAGCCCGGUGAGUACCUCACCUAA